AUGGCCUUCAGUGCAGCUCUGGUGCUCUUGUUGUCUGGGGUAUGCCCUGCUGUCAUGUGCUUUUCAGGUGGGACACUGGGAAGGCACACUGCAGUCCAGAAAGGCCAAGACGCUCAAAAACAAUGGCACAGUCUCACGGUGACCUCCUUAAACACUGACAUUGCUUUCUUCUUAUACAAGAAGAUGGCUUUGAAGAUUCCACAUAAAAAUAUUGUCUUCUCCCCAUUUGCCAUAGCAAAUUCCUUGGGCUCAUUGUCUCUGGGAGCAAAGGGCAAAACCCUGCAAGAGAUUCUAGAAGUUCUCAAGUUCAAUCGCACAGGGACCCCUGAGGCAGACAUCCACCAGGGCUUUGGGCACCUCUUUCAGAGUCUCAGCCAGCCAGGGGACCAGAUACAGAUGAGCACAGGCAAUGCCCUGUUUGUUGAAAAGCACCUGAAGAUCCUGACAGAGUUCAAGGAGAAGGCAAGGGCUCUGUACCAGGCUGAGGCCUUCACAGCUGACUUCCAGCAGCCUUGUGAGGCCACAAAGCUCAUCAAUGACUAUGUGAGGAAACAGACCCAGGGGAAGAUCAAGGAACUGGUCUCAGACCUGGAUGAGAAGACAUUCAUGGUGAUGGUGAAUGAUAUCAUUUUUACAGGUAAAUGGAGGGUGCCAUUUGACCCUAAAGACACGUUCAUGGGAAAAUUUAUUUUGGACAGUAGUAGGCCCGUGAAGGUGCCCAUGAUGAAAAUGGAGAACAUAAGUACACCCUACUUCCGGGAUGAGGAGCUGAAAUGCACUGUGAUAGAGCUGAACUACACAAACAAUGUCAAGGCCAUGUUCAUCCUCCCUGACCAGGGCAAGAUGCAGGAGGUGGAAGCCAGCUUACAGACAGAGACCCUGAGGAAAUGGAGGAAAUCACUGAGGCACAGGAUGAUAGAUGAGCUCCACCUACCCAAGUUCUUCUUAUCCCAACACUACAACCUAGGAAAACUCCUUUCAGAGCUGGGCAUCAGGGAACUCUUCUCCACACAGGCUGACCUGUCUGGCAUCACAGGUGCCAAGAAGAUAAUAAUAGCCUCUGAGAUAGUCCACACUGCUAUCCUGAAUAUGACUGAGCCAGGCACAGAAGCAGAUGCCGACACGAUGUUUAAAUACGACUUCCUGUCUGCAAAAAUUAAACCUACGAUUGUUAGUUUUGAGGGGAAAUUCCUGUACAUUCUUAUAGUACCAAGUUCUGAGUUUAUCUUAUUUAUGGGCAAGGUUAUCAACCCUUUAGAAAACUAG